AUGUACUUCACGAACCUCCUCACGAUCUCCUAUGUGGCCAUCGUCGCCCUCGUCUCCUCCCUGGCUUCGGCCGCACCCAUACUACCUCGAGACGUCUACGUUCCCCCCAUCCUCUACCCCAAAGCCGGCACUGUCUGGCAUGUCGGACAGCGACACAACGUUACCUGGGACGUGUCCAACCCACCAGUGAACAUCACCAACAGCCGUGGUGCCAUCUACCUCAGGAAUACGACCCACUUCUUCCAGGACAUUCCCCUUGCGACUGGCUUUGACAUUCUGCUAGGCCGCUUCGAGGUCACCGUUCCGGAUGUGACUGGCACUGAUAUUCGGGUCGUCCUCUUCGGCGAUUCAGGCAACUGGAGCCCAGAGUUCACCAUCAAGCCUUGA